AUUUCCAUACUUUGCAAAGAACAAAAGGAUAGAUUAAAAUGGAAAAAAUAGAGGACCAAGCUGUUUUGGAAAAAAUAGCCAACAUAACAGGAGACGUAAUCAAAAAUGCACCCCCUGUGAAGAAUGAUAAGAAGAAGAAAAAGAAAAAGAGAAAAAACGCACCAACGCAAGAGCAGAAGCAAACCAACGGAGCGAAUAACAAAAAGGCAAAAAAAAGAACAGACCUGUUUAGUGAUUUUAAAAUUCAGCAAAAGAAAGAAAUAUGUAAAUUUUUUUUUAGGAAGGGAAAAUGUAUCCACGGUGAAAAAUGUACCUACUCCCAUGACGUCACACCGAUAUAUAAAAUUUCAAAGUUGUGCAAAUUUCUAGUGAAAGGAACAUGUCAAAAAGAAAAUUGUAUUUUCUCCCAUGAUUAUAAACUCUUCUUUUGUCGAAAUAAUGUCAUUUACAAUUCGUGUUUAAAUCCACUGUGUAAAUUCAAGCACAUAAAAAUAGACAGCUCAAUUAAUAACGCUGAUCAGUACAAUAUAGAGGUGGAUAACAUUCUUAGCAAAGAUGAUAAAAUCAGGUUUCUCUAUAAUAAUAAAUAUUAUUUAAUGGAGUUGUUAAUUAAUAAGUACCAUAAAUUUGAUAACUUCGAACAGAAGGAUAUAGACGAUUUGGCCAAGAAGGAAAACUACCCCUGGUUUAUCAAUGGCAUUAUUGAUCUGAUCAAAUUAGAUUAUAAACUUAGUAAGGCAGAAGCCUUUUUAAAAUUAGUUUAUAACUAUAAACAGAAGGUUCUUAAUGGGAAAGCUUCAGUGCCUAGUAGUACUGAAAAUGUCAAGCAUAACGACAAUAAAGAUAUUUGCAAAGACUCCUCUAUUAGCGCUGAUUAUACAAAAGUGGCAGAAGAGUAUGUAGAGGGUAGCAAUGCAGAUGGGGAAAAGGGUACACACGAAAACAGUAACAACACUCCCACGGCGAACGAUAACAACGUCAAUGGGAACACUGGUGAGGAAAAUUUCAGUGAUUAUAAAUUUUACUCAAGUGACGAGGAAGAGGAUUACAGCAAAUACCUCAAUAAAUACUUCGACAUGGAUGGGUAG